UAUCCUUCCCAGAGGUCUUGGCAUCCGAAACGAACUCAAGACAGAACCACAGUGCGCACUGACAAUCCCCUUCAAACCCCCAGCCAAAGGGGGACUAGUGUAUCUACCUAGACCUUUUCUAGCUGUAGGUCAAGUGAGGUCCCCACGUCCCGUUGCGUGCUUCGCUGCGACCUUUUUUUACUCUCACCCAAGCGCCACACACGGGUGCUGCGACCUCCUGUACAUACGGACAUAUAUUGGAUCAUACAUAGUAAGCCGGGACUUUCCCCAGGAGCUGGGCUUCUGGUCUCUCUGGAAGAUUUGCCGAAUCUCUGCACGUCUUCAUUGCCAUAAAAAAAAUCACCUCAAAUGUUGCCGCUCGCAUAGCGCAUCGCUGUACCGUCAACCUCUUUGGCGACCCAUCCCAUCCUCCAGAUCCUGAGGCGGACGCAGGUUCUCACGCUUUGCUGUAUUACCGGGGCAUCCGAGUGUUGCGAUCAUGGCGCCCUCGCGCAUCCAAAUCCCCGGAAGCGGUCCAAGGGAGACCUUGACGACGCCGACAGCGCAUAUGGCUACCACUACCCUGAGAGUGGACGGCAUGACUUGCGGCGCAUGUACCGCGGCUGUUGAAGCAGGCUUCAAGGGCGUCGACGGUGUUGGCAGUGUAUCUGUCAGCCUGGUGAUGGAACGAGCCGUGGUGAUGCACGAUCCUCAGCGCAUCUCCGCCGAUCAGAUUCGGGACAUCAUCGAAGACCGGGGCUUUGAUGCCGAAGUCCUGGCUACCGACCUGCCCUCCCCGAGAGUCUCCCACACGCCCUACGACGACUAUGUGGUUGAGGAGGAGGGGCCUCCGAUGAUGGUGACAACGGUGGGAAUUGAGGGGAUGACUUGUGGCGCGUGUACAUCAGCAGUUGAAGGGGGAUUCAAGGACGUGUCCGGAAUCAAGCAUUUCAGCCUCUCGUUGCUCGCAGAACGAGCUGUGGUCGAGCAUGAUCCAGCCCUCAUAAGCGCUGAGAAGAUCGCCGAAAUCAUCGAAGACCGAGGUUUUGGAGCGACCAUCGUGGAAAGCACAGAAGUGGCGCCCGAACCGAGGACAUCAUCAAGGCACAACCGGCAGGCCAUAUCUGCCGCGACCACGACCGUUGCGGUUGACGGCAUGACAUGCGGAGCAUGUACUGCAGCCGUUGAGGGCGGAUUUAAAAACCUCGAGGGAUUGUUGAAGUUUAACAUCAGCCUACUUGCCGAGAGGGCAGUAAUUGUCCACGAUCCAUCAAAGCUCACGGCGGACAAGAUCGUCGAGAUCAUUGAGGACAGGGGUUUCGACGCCAAGUUGCUCUCGACAACCCUCGACGCCGAUCAUUCCAGCACUUCAUCGAUUGCUCAAUUCAAGAUCUACGGGAACCUGGACGCCGACGCCGCAACCCGGCUGGAGGAGAAGCUGAAGGGAUUGCCCGGCAUCUCGGCUGCCACUGUCUCACUUUCCAAUUCGAGAUUGAAGGUCAGCCAUCAGCCGACCGUGACGGGCCUUCGGGCAAUUGUCGAAACUGUUGAGCAAGAGGGCUACAACGCUCUCGUUUCCGACAAUGACGACAACAACGCGCAGCUCGAGUCUCUCGCCAAGACCCGGGAGAUCACUGAGUGGCGCCACGCCUUCCAAAUCUCUCUGGCUUUCGCCGUGCCCGUCUUCCUUAUCAGCAUGAUCAUCCCAAUGUGUCUGCCGUUCAUGGAUAUGGGCAGGGUCAAACUUCUCGACGGCCUAUACCUCGGCGAUGUCGUCUGUCUGGUCCUUACGAUACCUGUUCAAUUCGGCAUUGGAAAGCGAUUCUAUAUUUCGGCCUGGAAGUCGGUCAAGCAUGGCUCCCCUACCAUGGAUGUCCUCAUCGUUCUCGGCACUUCGUGUGCCUUCUUCUUCAGCGUCAUGGCCAUGCUCGUCUCGGUCUUCAUCCCGCCUCACACCCGGCCGAGCACCAUCUUCGACACCAGCACUAUGCUCAUCACCUUUAUCAGUUUCGGCCGAUUUCUGGAGAACCGCGCCAAGGGACAGACUUCCAAGGCCCUCUCGCGAUUGAUGUCUCUGGCACCGUCCAUGGCCACCAUUUAUGCCGACCCCAUUGCCGCGGAAAAGGCCGCAGAUGGUUGGGCUUCAGGGGUCAACUCCGGAGAAGCGGCGACGGACGGAAGUGCCGCGGAAGAGAAAGUUAUCCCUACCGAGCUCCUCGAAGUUGGAGACGUGGUGAUCCUGCGUCCCGGAGACAAGAUUCCCGCAGACGGCGCCUUGGUCAGGGGUGAGACGUAUGUGGAUGAGAGCAUGGUUACCGGAGAGGCAAUGCCCGUGCAGAAGAAGAAGGGAAGCAACAUGAUUGGCGGUACCGUGAAUGGUCACGGUCGUGUCGACUUCCGGGUCACUCGGGCAGGUCGCGAUACCCAGCUCAGCCAGAUUGUCAAGCUGGUUCAGGAUGCACAGACAACCCGUGCCCCUAUCCAGCGGCUAGCCGACAUCCUCGCCGGCUAUUUCGUCCCAACCGUCCUGUCUCUGGGUCUCCUCACCUUCGCCGUCUGGAUGGUUCUAAGCCACGUCCUGACAAACCCGCCCAAAAUCUUCCUCGAAGAGGCCAGUGGUGGCAAGAUCAUGGUCUGUGUCAAGCUUUGCAUCUCGGUCAUCGUCUUCGCCUGCCCCUGUGCCCUUGGUCUGGCCACACCAACAGCUGUUAUGGUCGGUACUGGUGUGGGUGCCGAAAACGGCAUUCUUAUCAAGGGGGGAGCUGCUCUGGAGAGGACAACAAAGAUCACCCGAGUCGUCCUCGACAAGACGGGCACCAUUACGUACGGAAAGAUGAGCGUGGCCAACGCCAGCCUCGUCUCUGUCUGGCAAGAUAAUGAGUGGCGUCGACGCCUCUGGUGGGUGAUUGUCGGCCUUGCGGAGAUGGGAAGUGAACACCCUGUGGGCCGAGCAAUCCUCGCAUCAGCGAAGGCCGAGCUGGGCCUUGAUAUUGAUGGCAACCUUGACGGCAGUGUCGGAGAUUUCUCUGCAGUUGUUGGGAAGGGUAUUAGCGCUGUCGUCGAGCCUGCAACUGCCGCAGAGCGGGUCCGGUACAAGGUCCUCAUCGGUAGCGUGCGCUUCCUCCGCGAGGGCGACGUUGAGGUUCCCGACUCGGCAAUCGAGGCUUCUGAGCAGAUCAACUCGAAGAACUCCAACUCACGGAAGCCCUCUUCAACCCCGUCCUCUGCGGGCACGACCAAUGUCUUCGUCGCCAUUGAUGGUAAAUACGUCGGCCACCUCUGCCUGGCCGACAAGAUCAAGGAAGGGGCAUCAGCCGCCAUUGCGGUCCUCCACCGCAUGGGGGUCAGGACGGCGAUGGUGACUGGCGACCAGCGCAGCACGGCUGUGGCGGUCGCAGCCGCCGUCGGGCUCGAUCUCGAUGACGUGUUCGCCGGUGUCUCCCCCGACCAGAAGCAAGCCAUCAUCCGCAGGCUACAGGAGGAGGGCGAAGUUGUUGCCAUGGUUGGCGACGGCAUCAACGACUCCCCGGCCCUCGCCACUGCCGAUGUCGGCAUCGCCAUGAGCUCCGGCACUGAUGUCGCCAUGGAAGCCGCCGACAUUGUCCUCAUGCGCCCUGACGACCUCAUGAACAUCCCGGCGGCUCUUCAGCUGGCCCGCACCAUCUUCUCGCGCAUCAAGCUUAACCUCGGCUGGGCGUGCGCCUACAAUGCCACCGGCCUGCCCUUCGCCAUGGGCCUCUUCCUGCCCCUCGGCUGGCACCUGCACCCGAUGGCCGCCGGCGCCGCCAUGGCCGCCAGCUCGGUGAGCGUGGUGGUCAGCAGUCUGCUCCUGAAAUUCUGGAAGAGGCCUAGGUGGAUGGAUGAGGCCGUCCUCGACCAGGCGGGCGGCGUGCGGAGGCGCGGGCGCGGCUGGGGCCUGGACGGCAUCGUGGUCAGGGCGCAGGACCUCGCCGGCCGGCUUUCCGGCAGGCGCUUUGGCGCCCGGAAGGACGGCGAGGGCUACGUCCCGCUGGCUACUUUGGAGGGACCCGAGCGGGAUGUAUGAUUUGCGGCUGUGUAGAACAAGGUCUGUUAGUGAGACGCGGAGUUCGGCUGUUCUGAGUGGUCACCGGUUCGGUCCGGUAGUUGUAUGUUGCAUUUUCCUAGUUACCUACUUAGUCUCUCCCGUUGCGGCAUGGCGUGGGAGUUUUACGAGUUCGACAACUCUCAUUUUCCUUUGGAUACCUAAAAAAGAAGUUUCCCGAUUCAUUCAUUGUUCCACAUCGGCAGAAGUGAUACAAAUGCGAUAUUCCCUAAGGCAGCCUUGCAUGUUGAGCUAGACCUUGACCAAAUCCAGG